CAGCGAGCGAGCGAGCGAGCACACUCCCCGCUGAAGCUCCCAAUGCGUUCGGGAUCCUGUCCGCUUCCUCUCAGCUGGGAUCGCGCCGCGUCAACUUCCGGGCGGGUGCCCGCCCGCACGGCCUCCGCCGCUCCCCUCCUCUGGCCCCUUUGUGUCCCCGCAGUGUGGAGGCGCGGGCCCUGGCGGGUCCUUUCUCCAGGCGGAGAGCGCCGUAGUGCAGGCAGCCUCCCUGAGAGGGCGGGCGCGGCCCGCGGGGGUUAGAGCGGGGACGGCGCGUCCGCGUGCCGGAUAGUGCAUUUAAACGUCCCAGCCCCCCUCCAGGGUGGUGGUUUCUACCCACGAUGAAUCUUUUCAACUUGGAUCGUUUUCGCUUUGAGAAAAGAAAUAAGGUUGAGGAAGCUCCCGAAGCAACCCCCCAGCUUCCCCAACCCCCGCAACCCGGCCCUUCUUCACCAAUUUCUCUUAGUGCUGAAGAGGAGAAUGCUGAAGGGGAAGUUAGCAGGGCAAAUACCCCCGAUUCAGAUAUAACUGAAAAAACAGAAGAUUCUAGUGUUCCAGAACCUCCAGAUAACGAAAGAAAAGCAAGUGUAUCAUGUUUCAAGAAUGAAAGAGGAAUACAGUAUAUUGAUUUGUCUUCUGAUAGUGAAGAUGUUGUUUCCCCAAAUUGCUCCAAUGCAGUGCAAGAGAAAAAAUUUAACAAAGACACAGUGAUUAUAGUUUCUGAACCAUCUGAAGAUGAAGAGUCCCAAGGCCUUCCUUCCGUGGCACGAAGAAAUGAUGAUAUUUCAGAACUGGAAGAUCUUUCAGAAUUGGAAGAUCUUAAAGAUGCCAAGCUUCAGACCUUGAAGGAACUUUUUCCACAAAGAAGUGACAAUGAUUUACUUAAGUUAAUUGAAUCAACAAGCACUAUGGAUGGAGCAAUUGCUGCUGCCUUGCUGAUGUUUGGUGAUGCAGGUGGUGGACCCAGGAAAAGAAAAUUAUCAUCUUCUUCAGAGCCAUAUGAGGAGGAUGAAUUUAAUGAUGAUCAAUCUUUAAAAAAGACAAGACUUGAUCAUGGAGAAGAAUCUAAUGAGUCUGUAGAGUCUAGCAGUAAUUGGGAAAAGCAGGAAAGUAUUGUAUUGAAAUUGCAAAAGGAAUUUCCCAAUUUUGAUAAACAGGAAUUAAGAGAAGUGCUCAAGGAACAUGAAUGGAUGUACACAGAAGCUUUAGAGUCUCUAAAAGUUUUUGCAGAAGACCAAGAUAUGCAAUAUGCAUCACAAAGUGAGGUCCCAAAUGGAAAAGAAGUUUCUUCAAGGAAUCAAAAUUAUCCUAAAAAUACAGCUAAAACAAAACUGAAACAGAAAUUUUCCAUGAAACCACAAAAUGGUUUUAACAAGAAACGUAAAAAAAAUGUAUUUAAUGCUAAGAAAGUCGCUGAAGAUUCUGAAUAUGAUUCAGGUUCUGAUGUCGGUAGUUCACUAGAUGAGGACUAUAGUAGUGGUGAAGAAGUGAUGGAGGAUGGCUAUAAAGGUAAAAUUCUUCACUUCCUCCAAGAUGCUUCAAUUGGUGAACUGACUUUGAUUCCUCAGUGUUCUCAGAAAAAGGCUCAGAAGAUAACAGAACUCCGGCCCUUUAAUAGUUGGGAAACUCUGUUCACAAAGAUGUCCAAAACUAAUGGCUUAUCAGAAGAUUUGAUAUGGAACUGUAAAACGCUGAUCCAAGAAAGGGAUGUAGUUAUAAGACUUAUGAAUAAAUGUGAAGACAUUUCAAAUAAAUUGACCAAGCAGGUUACCAUGCUCACUGGAAAUGGAGGUGGAUGGAACAUAGAACAACCUUCCAUUCUAAACCAAAGUUUGUCACUCAAGCCCUAUCAGAAGGUUGGUUUGAAUUGGCUGGCAUUGGUACAUAAACAUGGACUAAAUGGUAUUUUGGCAGAUGAAAUGGGCCUAGGAAAAACCAUUCAAGCUAUUGCAUUCCUGGCGUACCUGUAUCAGGAGGGUAACAAAGGCCCUCAUUUGAUUGUUGUUCCAGCUUCAACUAUAGAUAACUGGUUAAGAGAAGUUAAUUUAUGGUGCCCCACUUUAAAUGUGCUCUGUUACUAUGGUUCUCAAGAAGAGCGGAAACAAAUUAGAUUUAAUAUCCAUAGUAAAUAUGAAGACUACAACGUAAUUGUGACCACGUAUAAUUGUGCAAUUAGCAGUUCUGAUGACCGGAGUCUGUUUAGACGGCUGAAACUUAACUAUGCGAUUUUUGACGAGGGCCAUAUGCUGAAGAAUAUGGGCUCCAUUCGCUACCAGCACCUUAUGACAAUUAAUGCAAAUAACCGUUUGCUGCUCACAGGCACGCCUGUGCAGAACAACCUGCUGGAACUCAUGUCGCUGUUGAACUUUGUUAUGCCACACAUGUUUAGUAGUAGCACCAGUGAAAUACGAAGGAUGUUUUCUUCUAAAACAAAAUCCGCAGAUGAGCAGAGUAUAUAUGAAAAGGAAAGAAUAGCACAUGCAAAGCAAAUUAUAAAGCCAUUUAUUCUCAGAAGAGUGAAAGAGGAGGUUCUGAAGCAACUACCCCCCAAGAAAGAUCGAAUUGAGUUGUGUACAAUGUCAGAGAAACAGGAGCAACUCUACUUGGGUCUUUUCAACAGAUUGAAAAAAUCCAUUAAUAACCUGGAAAAAAACACAGAAAUGUGCAAUGUAAUGAUGCAAUUGAGAAAAAUGGCCAAUCAUCCUUUAUUGCAUCGCCAGUAUUACACUGCUGAAAAACUCAAGGAAAUGUCUCAACUUAUGCUAAAAGAACCUACACAUUGUGAGGCCAACCCUGACCUGAUCUUUGAAGAUAUGGAAGUAAUGACAGACUUUGAACUGCAUGUGCUUUGUAAACAGUAUCGACACAUUAACAGUUUCCAGCUAGACAUGGAUUUGAUUUUAGAUUCUGGAAAAUUCCAAGCUUUAGGACGCAUCUUAUCUGAAUUGAAACAGAAGGGUGACAGAGUUGUAUUAUUUAGCCAAUUUACCAUGAUGCUUGAUAUUUUAGAGGUUCUCUUAAAACAUCAUCAGCAUAGGUACCUCAGAUUAGAUGGAAAAACUCAAAUUUCUGAAAGGAUCCAUCUAAUUGAUGAGUUUAAUACCGAUAUGGAUAUCUUUGUGUUUCUCUUGUCAACAAAAGCUGGUGGAUUAGGAAUAAAUCUGACUUCGGCAAAUGUUGUUAUACUUCAUGAUAUUGAUUGUAAUCCUUACAAUGACAAACAAGCAGAAGAUAGAUGUCACAGAGUGGGUCAGACUAAAGAAGUACUAGUUAUUAAAUUAAUAAGCCAAGGCACGAUCGAAGAAUCCAUGCUAAAAAUUAACCAACAGAAGUUGAAACUAGAACAGGAUAUGACCACAGUAGAUGAAGGUGAUGAAGGGAGUAUGCCAGCAGAUAUUGCCACAUUACUGAAAACGUCAAUGGGCCUGUGAAAUGAGAACUGUGACUUCCUAAUUGACAAGGAAAUAUCAACCUGGUGCACUCAAGGACAUUUCCAUUAAGAUGACCGUGGGGUUUAUGAACAUUUGUAACUUUUUAUAAUUUCCAUAUUGCAUUUCUCAUAGUAUGGACAACUUUUUUGCCACUAACUGAACUCUCCAGAUGCUCAAUGAGAUUUCAUAAAAAGCCACAAAUAUGUAGUUCUGAAGAUGUUGAAUAAUCAUUUUACAAAGCAGUUUUCUGAAUGGGGAUUAGUUGGUGAUUGUUUGUAACAAAUAUGCUAAUGCUUUAGAAAUGUCAGUAUUUUUGUAAUUAUUUCUACCUCCAAAUAUAUAUAUAUUGUCUUUCACUGGAUAAUGUGUGUAGAUUUUUACAUGUGCCUUAUUUGACAAUGCUUUUGUUUUUGCUUGUCUCAUUUGAAGUUUUUUUUUUAUUAUGUUAGUUUAAACAAUGCAGCAGUAUGGGUUAUAUAGCCUUCAUUUUAUUGCUAUUUGAAGCAGAUGUUCACCAAUGUCAGUAAGAACGCAACCUGAAGUUAAAGGUGGCAUUCCAUCUUCUAACAUCCCCCAGGUCCUAUCAGUACUUCUGUUUGGCUAGGCACUAAGUUGUUUUCCAGUGAAUAGUAACUGAAACCCGUAAAGAAGCCCCUUAUCUUGCUCCAUGGAUUAAUUCCUUCUGUUCAUUUCCCACCUGCACUAACUGUGCUGUUUAACUCUGCCUAUUCUUGUGCAUGUUUUCGUUGAUUUCCCUCUCCUGGCUUUUGCUUCUCUUGAAACUGUUGUCCAGUCACUUCUGCUCCAGUUAUCUUCCUGUCUCAGCUGUUCCUUAUUGCUGUACCUCCACAGGUGAGCAAAAUGUUGGUGAUGUUUUUCUAGUCUGGCAGACAUUUUAACUCAAAGCUAUUUCACUUCAAAGCAGACUGGAUGUGACUUUGUAUUAAGGCAGCAAUAGGUACUGCAUGGAAAUAGGUCAUUGACUUUAAAUCUUAUCAAAAUAUAAUUUACCCAUUUCCAGAAUUUCCAGAACAGGACUGACUGAAGAGAGAGCCAUUGUUCAAUUCCAAUUCAGUGUGGGUGACAAAGUGAAAUUUAGAAGAAGUAAAGUUGUCUAGUUGGUAUUUAACUCUUUAUUAAAUCUUUCUUUAAAGUUUUGCCUGUCAGUCUAUAUUGCUGUUUUUAUUAUACACCAGUUUCUUUGUAUAACUUGUGAGUUUUCAUGUGUUUUGUUUUUAUUAUGUAAAUAUCAUUAUAAAUAAACUUAUUUAUAAAUCAAAGAUUUGUUAAUUACUGGAGAUACACUUUUCAAGACAUCCUAACUUGCUAAGAUGCUAGAUAAAUCCUCUCAAUUUAGAAAGUAAAUAAAGAUGUUGGUGCUUUAGAUAUUACAGCCUCUGAACACUCAUGACUCAGUAGACUUACUCGUUCUGGAAGGCAUAUUGAGUAUAUUUAAUAUACUUCAGCAUUACAGGUAUAAAAGGAAUCUGCAGUGUUAAUUACUACCUCCUCUUGCAUCAUAGUACCCAGUUAGUCAAAUUGUUCGGAUAUUACCUUUUAAAAUCUGGUAAUGGUGGCUUUCUCCUAAGGUUUCUAUGUUAAUGUAUCUUCAGCAAUAGACUACUUCUUUGGUUGUUGUUUUUGUUAUUGUAGAUAUCCAUACUUUCUCUAAUGAAGUGUAGUUGAGUUCUCCCUGUAAUAGUCUAUUAUGUCUUGGGCUUAAUAAAAGGUUUUGUGAUCAUAA